AUGUCUAUUAAGUCAGCGCAGUAUUUAUACAAAUAUAAGGGGCAUGAUUGUGUAAAUGUUGUAGUUAAUGAAAGUGUUGGCCAUGAUGAAUUUAACAAAUAUUUAGACCGUCGCUUUGUUUCCGCCCCAGAGGCUCUUUGGCGAAUAUAUGAGUAUUCCAUAAGUGAUAUGUCACAUAAUAUUAUCCGCCUUCAAAUCCCCCUUUCUAAUAAUCAGAGAGUAUAUUUUAACGAAGGAGAAGAACAAGUAGCUAGAGAUCGUGCAGCACAGCGUGACAUUCACCUAUUUGCUUGGUUUAAGUUAAGUGCUGAAAAUAAUAAAGCACGUCAGUAUUCUUAUAUUGAAAUUCCAUAUCACUUUGUUUUUGGUAAAUAUUGCAAGUGGAAAGUAAAACAAAGAGGUAGUGAUAAGGUGGUUGUUCGAAUGUAUAAAGUCAGUUCAUUUUGCGAAUUAUUUUUUCUCAGAUUGUUACUUUGGCAUGUAAAAGGUGCAAAGUCUUUUGAGGAUUUGCGUACUGUUCAUGGUAAUGAUGCAUUUUGUGAAGCAUGUUAUCAUUUAGGUUUAUUGCAAGAUGACAUUGAGUGGAGAAAUACAAUAACUGAAGCUGUUGCAACUCGAAUGCCUAAACAAAUUAGGCUACUGUUUUCCAUCAUAAUAACUUUAUGUGAACCUAAUGAUUCUUUACACCUUUGGAAUACAUUUAAAACGUGCUUUUUUAACGCCUGCAAAUGUUGA